UUGUAUUUUUUUUUCAGAUUUUUAUUCUACCUGACAUUCCCAACUAUCAUUCUUGUUCUUCUUUCUGCAUAUCACACAGAUUCUUGUUAUUUAUUUAUUUUCACUUGUCAUUUCCACGUUUAAUAAGGGCAGUUUUUUGGGCCAAAUUAGCAAAUCUCUCGAACUUUUCAAUUUUCUUUCUAUGGGGUUUAACAAUACCAGUUCCAAUUCCUUAUGAGUUAAUUCUUCUGAACUAUUCUGAUUUCAAUUUGUCUUCUUUGCUAAGUAUUGUUUAAUUUACGUGCUUUUGUAGCGUUUUCUGAAAUCCCAUUUUAUAAUUUGUUGGGUAUAAUAAGCUAUACUUUUUAUGGGGUGAAUUUUCACUUGGAAUCUCGCAUUUAGAUGACUUGAAGAAAUCCCAUUUGUUACUUUCUUAAACAAUUUCAAUAUACCAAGCCUCUUUCCUUAAGCCAUUUGAAGGUUACCAUUUUAUUAGUUUGCUUUGGAACCGUUUUAGAUGGCGGAUUCCAAAGCAAAUCCGGAUGUUACAGAAGAGACAUCGCCUGAUUUGCUGAAGAACACGCCGGGGAACAUUGCGAGAUUGGAGGAUGUUAUAGAGCAUAGCAAGGGCCGCCAGAAGUACCUGGCUCAGACUAGGAGUCCCUCUGAUGGAAGCGAUGUUCGGUGGUAUUUCUGCAAGGCACCUUUGGCUGAGAAUGAGUUAGCUGCGUCAAUCCCUCGCACUGAGAUAGUGGGAAAGAGUGACUAUUUCCGUUUUGGUAUGAGAGAUUCUCUUGCAAUAGAGGCGUCUUUCUUGCAGAGAGAGGAAGAGUUACUCUCUAGCUGGUGGAAAGAAUUUGCUGAAUGUACUGAAGGCCCUGGGAGUCGAUUUACAUCAAGAAAUAAGUUGGAUGAGCAAAAAAGUGCAUACUCUAUAGAAAGUGCUCAGGCAGCUCAAUUGUAUGAAGCUGAAGAAGAAAGAGUUGGUGUGCCUGUAAAAGGAGGACUUUAUGAGGUAGAUCUAGUGAAGAGACAUUGUUUUCCUGUUUAUUGGAAUGGAGAAAAUCGGCGUGUGUUAAGGGGUCAUUGGUUUGCUCAUAAGGGGGGCCUUGAUUGGCUGCCUCUUCGUGAAGAUAUUGCAGAACAAUUAGAGAUUGCAUAUCGCCGUCAGGUUUGGCAUAGGAGGACAUUUCAACCGACAGGGCUUUUUGCGGCACGUAUUGAUUUGCAAGGGUCUACUUCAGUGAGUAAUUAUGGACUUCAUGCACUUUUCACAGGAGAAGACGAUACUUGGGAGGCGUGGCUUAAUGUUGAUGCUUCUAGUUUUUCUAGUAUCAUUAGCUUAAGUGGAAAUGGAAUUAAGUUAAGGCGUGGUUAUUCAGCAUCUCACUCAGCAAAACCAACCCAGGAUGAGCUUCGACAGCAGCAGGAAGAAGAAAUGGAUGAUUACUGUUCACAGGUUCCUGUUCGGCAUGUUGUUUUUAUGGUUCAUGGAAUUGGUCAAAGGUUGGAGAAAUCUAAUUUGGUUGAUGAUGUUGGUAGUUUUCGCCAUAUCACAGCCAGUCUUGCUGAAAGACACCUAACUGCACAUCAACGUGGUGCUCAGCGAGUACUUUUCAUACCAUGCCAGUGGAGAAAGGGCUUGAAGCUUAGUGGUGAAACAGCAGUUGAAAAGAUUACUUUGGAUGGUGUACGUGGUUUGCGUGUCACGCUGAGUGCAACAGUACAUGAUGUAUUAUACUACAUGAGCCCCAUCUAUUGUCAGGAUAUUAUUAACUCGGUAUCAAACCAAUUAAACCGGUUAUAUUUGAAGUUUCUUAAGCGAAAUCCUGGUUAUGAUGGAAAGGUUUCUAUCUAUGGUCAUUCUUUGGGAAGUGUCCUCUCGUAUGACAUUCUCUGCCAUCAGGAGAAUCUAUCCUCACCAUUUCCAAUGGAUUGGAUGUACAAGGAACAUGCUAGGAGUGAUCAAUCUUCUCUUGACAUGACCAAUCAAUCCUCUGUAGGUGACUCUUCAACCAAUCUGGAGGGUAACAACCCCAGUGUGCUUAAUGGAGCAAUGGAAAAAGCAAAUCCUGUUCAUGAAGAAAGGACAAAUGAACAAUCUACUUCAGUAUGUCCUGAUGGACAUGCUUCAGAUUUUCCCACUAUCCCAAAUCAACUGGUUGAUGAUUUAGAGGAACUGCCUGCAAUUGCUCUGGACUCUAAGCAAAAAAGUGAGAAAAGUGACGAUGAAUUGGGUAAUGAUUCUAGUGACAUGCUUUCUCAGGAAAGGGAUCAAUUAGUUGAAGCUGCUGGAGUGAAAUGUGAUGAUCACAUUAAUGGUUUUGCGAAAAUGGUAGGAGAAGACUACAAUGGUACUAGCAAUAAGGAUAAAGCAAUUAAAUUGCUAAGGGAAGAGAUUGAUUCCCUUAAGGCUAAAAUUGCCAAAUUGGAAUCACAAUCCAGUGUUAGAGAUAUACGUGGUGGGUUGCCUCAAGAAAAUACAGUGGACAUUGGAACCACAACAAAGCAAUCCAUAUCUGAGAGGCAGCCAUCCAGGAUAGGUGAUGCACCAAAGAGUCAUACACCUUAUAUUAAGUACACAAAGCUUGAAUUCAAGGUUGACACAUUCUUUGCUGUUGGAUCACCUCUUGGUGUCUUCCUUGCGCUUCGUAACAUUCGCAUUGGAAUUGGCAAAGGUCACGAAUAUUGGGAGGAGGAAAAUAUUAAUGAAGAGAUGCCAGCUUGUCGGCAAAUGUUCAACAUUUUUCACCCAUUUGACCCCGUUGCAUAUAGAGUAGAACCACUUGUUUGUAAAGAAUACAUCACUAAACGUCCAGUUAUUAUUCCUUAUCACAGAGGUGGAAAAAGGUUGCAUAUUGGCUUUCUGGGAUUUAAAGAAGACUUAGCUGCUCGUUCUCAGGCAAUGAUGGAUCACCUAAAUUUUGUAAAGGUCAAAGUGCUUACAGCAUGCCAAUCAAGAAGCAUGGAUGGCCUAGAAGAGGGAGAAGAGAAUGUUCAUGAAAAGGAAGAGAGGACUUAUGGCUCUUUAAUGAUGGAGAGAUUAACUGGAAGUGAAGAAGGGCGGAUUGAUCACACACUUCAAGAUAAGACAUUUGAACAUCCAUAUCUACAAGCUAUUGGAUCGCAUACAAACUACUGGAGGGAUUACGAUACUGCUCUGUUCAUUUUGAAACACUUGUAUAAGGAUAUACCAGAAGAUGCCAACUUACUUGAGUUAUCUAGUGGACACAACUCAAAAGAUGAGAGUAGUUCCACAGGGUGGACUGAUCAAAGGGAGACCAAAGAGGAGGAACUUCCUUUGACGUUCUCCAACAGAAUGAUGGUUAAAAACUUCUCGAGGAAAGCCAAAAAGUUUAUGAAGAGAACUUAAGGGCUAACAGGGCUUGGUGCACUCAUUAUACAUUCCAAUGAGGACCAAAUCAUUGUCCAGUUGGAACAAUAUCCAAAUGAAGUUGAUAGACAUGCUAUGGUUGGAAUUAGAAGAAUUAUCAGAAAGGAUAUACACUUUGAAGCAUACGUGGUAGUUGCAAUUUUAGUUAACGAGUAAUUAGUAGUUUCUCAUGCAGCAGUAGGCCUGUUCUUUUGUUUAAUUCCGUAUAUAAAAGGAAAGAUAGGAAGCCAUGAACCAUGUAUUGAACUUACCACAGUGAAAUUUAGGUGGUUUGUGAAUGAUGUACCUGUACUGCAAAAAGAUUUGAAAGCUGUAGCAUGUAGAUAAAACUGUACACUUCAAAGUUGUGUAUUACUGGUUAUAACUAUGGAAAUGGCCAUUUAACCUAGUUAAUAUACACUAUUCUGGGUGAUUA